GAGCGCACUCGGUGGAGCCACUUGUUGAUGUUUGCAUGUGAGCGCUUGGCAAGAGCAUACGCGAGUGCGAAAAGCGCCCACACGACCAUAGGCGUUAGUUGGCCAAAGUGUGGCUCCUCGACGUGAUUCCGGGAGCCAGCCUGGUUUUGACCAACGAGCAUGUCGCGGCUCUCUUUUUUUGGAGCCGCCGUCAACCGGCUGCUGCGUGCUGUUGCAGAUAGUGGCCGGGAGAGCGGUGUCUCCAUCUCCGCCGUCAUUGGUGCCGUCACAGUUGAGGGCGUUGCCAAAGACAUUGAUCUUGCCGAUCAAAAUGCCAAACCCACUCCCUUCACUGACGCGGGCGCCGACCGGCGCCCCAAGCACGCCGCCUAUCGCGGCACAGCAUUGGCCUCUGAAGUGCCCGAGGCUUGUCAGAUUGAGAUCCAGAUGAUGCUGGCCAGCAAGGGCGAUGUGGAUGGCAGCCAUCUUCACCAAUCGCUGCCUUGGGACGCCAUCCUAAAGGGACCUCUUAUGCACAGUGCCGAGUAUCGCGACGCCAUCAUGCGCAUGUACGCGCAAACAAAGGCCUUGGCUAAGCAGGGCUCCAUGGUCCCGGCCUCUCUUUGCGCUGCCAUCUGCACCAAGGUCACGGCUUGGAUGGCCUCCCAUUCCAUGCGUCUACUCCUCGAUCAGGUGCCCGCCGAAGCUUAUGGCGACGAUGUUGAUCGAGCCAUGGUGUCCUUCCAAGACACCCUGACCCAGUUUGCCGAGCGUGAGAAACAGACAAACUGGUUGAUAAAGUGUGCCCGGUUUGAUGACGCCUUGGCCAUGGCCAAGCGAAGCAUGCAAGACUGUGCCAAUCUUUAUGAAGACCUGGCCCUUCUGCGCAAGCGCCUCCUGCGUGCCCAAUACAAGGCCAACUCGGACCUGGUUCACCAGCUCCAAUGGACUGGUGGCCUCGUUUUGGUAGCCCUUGGCUGCGAUUACAUUGGUGUCGUUCCAAGUGUCCCAACCAUUGGCUCUGCAGCAGCAGAGGCCGUCAAAAAGCUUGCCUUGGCUGGCAUCGUACUCGCCGUGCCUCAAGCUGUGGCGCAUUGGAUUCUGUCCGAGGAAGCCCGCGUCCACCUCCAGCAACUUGAGGAAGCCUUUGAAGAGCGCGACACCUGGCACCGCAGACUUCAGCGACUCAACAAUCAGGUCCUGGACAUGUGCCCUGCAAUGACCGAUGCAGACCUAUUCCAACCGCUGAACCAAGAGGAUGGCUUGGAAAGUGGCUGGGAGCGCGUGGACAUGUCAGGAUUCACGUCCGGCCUCAGCUCGCGUAGCAGCGAGCUUGUCGAGCCCGGUCAUUUGUAAUCAGAUCUACAAACGACCUUUAAGUUUUGGUUGAGUGUUUCACUUUUGGGAAUAAGGUGCCACGCCGCCUAGCGCCCUUCGUACGCACAUCAACGCGCAUUUGCCCACUCCCCUCUAACAAUUGAAGUCGCGAUC